AUGAGUACCUCUGAAGUUAAUUUUGAUCCAAAAGAGCAUCAGCACCUGCGUUAUAACCCUCUAAGGGACAGUUGGGUUCUUGUCUCGGCCCAUCGCAUGAAGAGACCGUGGGCCGGUCAGGUGGAAAAACAUCCAGAGGAAUGUAUACCGAGAUAUGAUCCAAACAAUCCACUGUGUCCUGGAAACACACGGGCUAAUGGAAAGACAAAUCCAAAUUACAAGACCACUUUUGUAUUUGAAAAUGACUUUCCUGCCAUUCAACCAGAUGCUCCAGAUCCUGCUUCAGACCAACAUCCGUUGUUCCAGUCUAAAGCUGCCAGAGGGGUGUGUAAGGUCAUGUGUUUCCAUCCCUGGACUGAUGUCACACUCCCCCUCAUGAAAAAUGAAGAGAUUGUCAAUGUGAUUGACAAGUGGGCAGAGCUCAUGGAAGAACUUGGAGCCACAUACCCAUGGGUUCAGAUCUUUGAAAAUAAAGGAGCUAUAAUGGGUUGUUCCAAUCCACAUCCUCAUUGUCAGGUGUGGGCCAGCAGCUUCUUCCCAAAUGAGCCAGCUUUGUCUGACCGAUGUCAAAGAGCAUUCUAUGAGAAACACAAAGAGCCAAUGCUACUGCAGUACGCCAAGCAAGAAGUUGAGAAAAAGGAACGAGUGGUCGUGAUGAACUCUGAUUGGCUGGCAGUGGUUCCUUACUGGGCAACGUGGCCUUACCAGUUGCUGCUUUUACCACAACGACACAUCCUGAGAAUCAAUGAGUUGACGACAGAGGAGAGGGAGAGUCUGGCUGACAUUAUGAAGAAACUGCUGACCAAAUAUGACAAUCUAUUUAACGUGUCAUUUCCCUACUCCAUGGGUUGGCAUGGUGCCCCUACUGGCCUCUACUUAAAAGAAGACAACUCCCACUGGCAGUUACAUGCUCACUACUACCCUCCUCUGCUGCGCUCAGCCACAGUUAAGAAGUUCAUGGUCGGCUAUGAGAUGCUUGCUCAGGAGCAGAGAGACCUCACUCCUGAACAGGCUGCAGAGAAGUUACGGAAUCUACCAGAUGACCACUAUAAAGUCAGAAAUGGAGAAGAAAAAUGA